AGAUUGUAGAGAGAGAGGGACAAACCCUACAAAAACCCUGAAACUUCUAUGGAGACUGGACGCCGUUUCUUGUCCUUCAAGACAGAAUACAUUUUAUUCUCUCACUAAAUUCUUACUCAGAAUCUAUUGGAGGGAUUGUAUUAUUGUUCUUUGGUUUGGGAAUUUGACUCUCUAUUAGAGAGAGAGUGUGUGCUUGUGUGAUGGCAAAAAGUAGUGCUGGUGCAGGGUUUAUCGCAGCCCUAGUCGCAAUCUUCCGAGUGGACCAUGCCUAUGCUGAUGGCCCCUUCUCCUUCUCCCCAUUUUCUACAUCUCCAUCUCCAUCUCCAUCUCCGGCUUCGGCGGCUUCUUCUUCUCCAAAACCUUCUUCAGAAUCAUCUUCUCCACCAUCUCAACCCAAUGCCGAACAACCUCCACGGGUUCGCAACGAUAAUCCACGAACAACUUCGGCUGGGUUUGAUCCCGAAGCGUUGGAGAGGGGUGCAAAGGCUCUCAAAGAGAUUGCCAGCUCUUCCCAUGCUAAAAAGGUCUUCGAGACAAUGAAGAAGCAAGAAGAAACGAGGCAGACGGAAUUGGCUGCAAAGGCGGCAGAGCAUAAAGCAUUGCAAGCUCAAUCUGAAACUGAGAGACAAAGGGUAAUAUAUGAUGAACAGAAAAAGCUAGCUCAGCACCAGGCACAAAUAAAAUCCCAGAUGGCUCGUUAUGAGGAUGAGUUGGCAAGGAAGAGGAUGCAAGCAGAAAAUGAACAUCAAAGAGCAAGAAAUCAAGAGCUUGUGAAAAUGCAAGAAGAAUCAUCUAUUAAGCAAGAGCAGGCAAGACGAGCGACGGAAGAACAGAUUCAAGCACAGCGUCGACAAACAGAGAGGGAAAAAGCUGAGAUAGAACGUGAAACCAUCAGGGUGAGGGCUAUGGCAGAAGCAGAAGGGAGGGCCCAUGAAGCGAAGCUUGCUGAAGAGGUUAAUAAACGCAUGCUAGUAGAGCGUGCGAGUGCCGAGAGAGAAAAAUGGGUAGCUGCCAUAAACACAACCUUUGAUCAUAUUGGAGGGGGUUUGCGGGCCAUAUUGACCGAUCAGAAUAAGCUGGUUGUAGCUGUUGGGGGAGUUACAGCUCUUGCAGCAGGGAUCUACACAACGAGAGAAGGGGCAAGGGUGAUUUGGAGCUAUGUGGACAGAAUAUUAGGACAACCAUCGCUGAUCAGAGAGUCCUCUAGAGGGAAGUACCCUUGGUCAGGCUUGUUUUCGCGUGGUUUGAGCACACUAUCACGUAACACUAAUAAAGGGAUUGCCUCCAAUGAGAAAGGUUUUGGUGAUGUUAUCUUAAACCCUUCUCUUCAAAAACGAAUACAGCAGGUGGCUACUGCCACUGCCAAUACCAAAUCCCAUCAGGCUCCGUUUCGGAACAUGCUUUUCUAUGGUCCUCCAGGGACAGGGAAAACAAUGGCUGCUAGAGAGUUGGCUCGUAAAUCUGGACUGGAUUAUGCAUUGAUGACGGGUGGAGAUGUUGCACCACUGGGCGCACAGGCUGUUACCAAGAUACACCAGUUGUUUGAUUGGGGCAAGAAGUCCAAGAAGGGUUUAUUGCUAUUCAUUGAUGAAGCAGAUGCAUUUUUGUGCGAACGGAACAAAACCUAUAUGAGUGAAGCUCAAAGGAGUGCGCUCAAUGCUCUCCUUUUCCGCACGGGUGACCAGUCUAAGGACAUAGUCCUCGCUCUUGCUACUAAUCGUCCUGGCGAUCUUGAUUCUGCUGUUGCAGAUCGUAUUGAUGAAGCCCUGGAAUUCCCUUUGCCUGGUGAAGACGAACGAUUCAAGCUGUUAAAACUCUAUUUGGACAAGUACAUAGCCCAGGCUGGGGCAAGAAAGCCAGGUUUAUUCUCAAAGUUUUUCCAGAAACAACAGCAGAAGAUCGAGAUAAAGGGCUUGACUGAGGAUAUUCUGAAGGAAGCUGCAGCUAAGACAGGAGGAUUUUCAGGAAGAGAGGUAGCAAAGCUGAUGGCAAGUGUUCAGGCUGCUGUUUAUGGGAGUGAAGACUGUGUGCUUGAUCCAAACUUAUUCCGUGAAGUGGUAGAUUAUAAAGUUGCAGAGCAUCAACAGAGGAGGAAAUUGGCUGAUGCUGACGGAGGUCUUCCUUCAUGAAGCGUUAAAUCUAAUAGUAAAAAUAUUGGCAGGUUUAAAUUAUCUUUUGGUUAAGAGCGAGCAGGUGAGUAUCUGCUUUUCUACAUGCCACUGUCGGCAUAUAUUAUUUGGGUGACAUGUUAUUAUCGUUUGCCCAUCAACGGGAAUUUUUGAAUAUUUUGUUUUAGGUUUCAUUGAAUCCUAAUUCUGAUGAAAUUAUGAGGUAUCCAUAGAUCAUAUGUAUUACAUAUUAUUUUACAAAUUUAAAUUGGUUUUUUUUUU